GACGUUGCUGCCAAGUGUGCUGCUUUCCGUAGCGCCUGGACCAGAAUCAGACAUCGCAGAAGGAAGGCUAGCUGAGAAAGGAGCAACUUCGGAAGUGUGAGCAACUCAUAUACUAUGACUCUGCAGGCAGAAUUUGAGCAGGUGGCCGAGGAUGUGAAAAAAGUAAAGACAAGACCUGAAGAUGGAGAGCUUCUAGAGCUCUAUGGACUUUACAAGCAGGCAACUGUGGGUGAUAUCAAUACAGAAAAGCCUGGCAUGUUGGAUAUGAAAGGAAAAGCAAAAUGGGAAGCCUGGGAAUCCAAAAAAGGAAUGUCAAAAGAAGAUGCUAUGAAAGCGUACAUCGCUUAUGCGAAAGAAGUCAUCAGUAAGUACGGGCUGUGAAGCGACAAUCACACCGACUGCUUGUAGAAUAGAACAGCCUCUACAGCCGUACAGGAAGGCUUGAUAAACUGUACGUUAGGUAUGCCCACAAAACAAGGAUUUCUUGAAUAACAGUUAUAAAAGCUUUAGAGAUGUUAGGCUUCAGUAUCCAUACAAGAAAUGGAGGAGUACAUUAAUACUGGAAGAGGGUGUUUCAGUGACUGCUGACGGUGUUGUUGGCAGUCAUUUAUCUUACUUAUCUUAACAUGCAAAAACAUAACAGGGGUUUACACAACUAAUGUCAAGAAAGAAAUAUGGUACUUGUAAAAGAUAAUAAAUAUCUUCUAAAAUAUAA